UGUUAGUUCUGUUUAGGAUUCCUGCAAUUCAACAUAUGCGAGUAACUUUUCCGAAUUGUUUAAGAAAAAAAUGGCACAUUCUUUUAAAUUAACAAUUUUGUUUUUUCUUUUACUGUCGCUGCUUAUUGAUAUCUUCUUGUGCAACAUCGUAAAACGAAAAGCACCCGAUGGAAAGCUUUACGUAUUUUCAAAAAGAGAAGGAUGUGUGUCCGUUCAAAGUGCAAGUCCUUGUAGAUUGAACUGGAAAUUAAAUCCAUACAUCGCCAAAAUUUACGCACAGCAAAAUGCUAUCGUUUCACAUGCAGUAAAUCUCUAUGGUCUACUUGGCAUUUCAUUUAGAUGUACAAAUGCUGUGAAAGAAGCCUUAUGCUCACAACUGACACCAAAAUGUUCUGAGAAGGACUACAGUCGAGAUUAUGGUGACGUUACCAGGCUGUGUAACAACAUUUACUCUAGUUGUCCUUCCACUGUCGUAAAUAAUUUAAAGAAAAACAAUUUUUGCAGAAAUUUGAAAAAGGGCAGACGCUCAAACGGUCAAUGUGUCACCAAUACUGCAGCUGUUGCUGGUGCUUGUCCGCAGCCAACGUACAAGAUGACACCGGAGUUCUUUGAAGACUACCAAAAGGCGUCCGUAAAAGUCCAAACAUCUUUAACAACUAUUCGUAAUGCCCGAUACAGUGAUGGAAGAAGGAUUUUUUCAGAUAUUUGUGCUUCACAAAUGACAGAAAUUCAAUGUGUGCCACUUUACUGUUCUGCUAAUGAAACGGAACUUUUAGUAAAAUUUGACAAGGAUGACUGCAAUAAGUUAGUUCACACCUGUUUUGAUGAACCAUUCAGAAAAUUGUCGCAAUCAUCUAGCAUUCGAAGAGUUUUGAAUACUUGGAAAAAUCAGUUUCGCUUGUCCUGCAACAAAUACCCAGCAUCUUCGUCCGAUCUACGGCCUGAACCCCCAAGAAUUGGUGAAAAGACACCAACUACAACUGGACACACACCGAAACAACGUGAAAACCUUCCAACAGCAAAUAGAAACAGAAAAAAAGUGGGUAAAAACACACCAAAGGGAAGUGGAAACACUGUGUACGGAAGCAACGGGAUUCUUUCCCUCAUCUUUUUUGCACUCUUGAAUGAGCUUUUGAUAGCUUGAACUUUAGGUGUGACAAAGUAUUUAAUUUAAUUUGAUGAAUAUGUACACUUCUUAUAAAAAAAUGGAACAAUGCAAUAAAUUGAAA